AAUAUGUAUGAAUGAAUCUGGCGUCGUCCAUGUUUCAUGUUCCUUCCGACCCCAUAUACUCGUAAUUCCCACUUCAGAAGUGGGAAGUAGGAGAAUUCCGGUAGCACGUGAAGGCAGCAUAAGUAUCAGCUGAUUGGUGAAGAGGCUGUGAUCAGCUGACUGAGGAGGCGGGUUCGUUUAAAUUCCGCACUGAGGACGCUAAUAUUGGGAGUCGGUUCACACUGACACGAAUGAGGUGUUAAACUAACCACCCAACCAACCAAGCGAGCCAGCGUGUGCUACUGACAUGGCACGACGCUGUUUGUGUUAUAAAUUUGUGUCAUGUCCGAAAGCGAAAGUGCAAACGACUUUCAAAAGAUAGAUGAUUCGGCAGAAAAAGCGCGUGAAGCUCCAGAAACAGGAGCCACUCCAGCAGCACCGUGCACUCAGGUAUCAGAGAAACACAAUGCACCUGAUGCCACCAGUGCGUCUCACACUUCAGCCAAAGACUCAAUACUUACACAAGAAAGUAAAACUCAGUCACCAGAGCCAUGUGAGGCACUUAAAAAUCAUCCUGCUGAAGCUGAAGCUCCUUCCUCGAGCAUGCUCCCCAAUCCUGUGACCUCCUCUCUAACAUCUGCCUCCAUGGCUCCAACACCAAAAGUCAUAGUGAGCUGUGCGCCUGGCAGAUCUGCCACGCCGCUGGUGGUGGGGGCGAGAGUGGUGUCGGCAGCUAUUUCAGCAGCCGGGGCCAGUGGGCAGACCUCAGCUUCACAUCCUGGAGGACUCACUGUGAUGUCUAACCAGGUCAGACCUCCAGCAGUGACCCAAGCUCCUCUCCGAGCAGCGAUCAUGGCUUUACCGAGGGCAUCGAAUGUAACGCCGCAGAAUGUAACAGUGCCACGGAGUCCUCAGACUACAUCUCUCCAGCUACCUGCCAACUUCCAGAUUCCACAAGGUAUGGUUUUAAUUCGCAGUGACAGUGGGCAGUUGAUGUUGGUUUCCCAGCAAGCUUUGGCUCAAGCACAGGCCCAGGGCUUAGUGCCUAAAUCAUCCAAUGUCACUACAACAGUAAGACCACAAGCCUCCCAGGCAACAGCCACAUCUAUCAUCAGAGUCUCUCUGCCAUCUUCAUCUACAACGGUAGCCACCUUAGUAAAACCCGGCUCCUCGGCAGCAAAGGCUGUUCUGAAGCCCAGCUCCACCACGGGCACUGCCACAAUCAAACCCACCACUACAGCAAGCACUAUUAUUAAACCCCCCUCAGUGUUAGGGACUGGCCUUAAGCCAAGCUCCAUCACAGGGCCCACCGUCAUUAAAGCUCCCUCUGCUCAGAAACCUCCGAUAAGCACCACAACAGCGACCAUAAGCCAAAGGACCAUCACUGGCACCAGUGUUCCCUCUACAUCUGUAGUGAAGUCUAUUGGCAAGGCAUCACUUUCUUCAUCAGUUACUCAAAGCAGUCGCCCAGUUGGCAGUGGCCCUCGAAAUAUCUCCCCGAAUAUUCCCAUCAAAGCCAGCAGCAGCAGCAAAGUCUCCACCCCGGUCACUGUCACAGCCGAGACACUGGAGAAUGUAAAGAAAUGUAAAAAUUUUCUGAUCACUCUAAUGAAGCUGGCAUCAAGUGGGACCCGCUCACCUGACAUGGCACAGAAUGUUCGAGCUCUGGUCAAAGACCUGCUGGAUGGACGACUGGAAGCUGAGGAGUUCACUGAAAAACUUUACAUGGAGCUGAAAUCAUCCCCCCAACCGUACCUGGUGCCCUUUCUUAAAAGGAGCCUUCCUGCUGUGCGUCAGCUCACACCAAACUCUCAGCUCUUCAUCCAGCAGUGUGAACAGCCCAAAGCCUCCUCUUCAUCCACAGUCAGCAGCAGUGCCCAGAAACUCAGCCAUUCUUCCUCCACCACUAUCUCUCAGCCUCUCCGAGGCAGUGUACCAGCCGGACCCCCUCAAAUGGUGAUCCAGCAAACCAAAGGAGUGAUUGUGGAGCAAAGUGUGACCUCCUCACCCCGUGUUGUGUUGCCAGUGCAGAACCACACACAGCCCAAGCAUCCAGUCAUUCAGACCAACACACAGGCAGCAGGAGCUUUUAGGAAGCAGUAUUCUCUCCAGGCAUCUAAAACCCCCUCUGGACCAACUCAAGCAGCACAAACAUACAAUUUCAAGGACAGCACCUCAGGCUCAUUCCGCGAUGAUGAUGACAUAAAUGACGUGGCCUCCAUGGCGGGUGUUAAUGUGAAUGAGGAGAACGCUCGCAUUUUGGCGUCCAGUUCAGAGCUGGUGGGCACGGUGGUGCGCUCAUGCAGGGACGAGCCCUUCCUGCAGACCACAGCACUGCAGCAGAGAGUGCUUCACAUUGGUGGUUCUCUGGGUGUCGCAGAGGUGAAUCCAGAUGUGCUUGGGUUGCUUUCUCAUGCCACACAGGAAAGACUUCGAGUUCUGCUGGAAAAACUCACUGUUAUAGCACAACAUCACAGUAUCUCUUACAGGGAUGACUGGCGGAACAUUCAGACCAGUGACACACGCUCCCAGCUAAAGUUCCUGGAGCAGCUGGAGAAAGUGGAGAAACAAAAGAGAGAAGAGGAGGAGAGAGAAACCCUGCUGCGCAUCGCUAAGAGUCGCUCGAGCAGUGAGGACCCCGAGCAACUUAGGCUCAAACAGAGAGCGAAAGAGAUGCAGCAGCUGGAGCUAGCUCAGAUGGAGCACAGAGAUGCUAACCUGGCAGCACUUGCAGCUCUCGGGCCUCGUAAGAGGAAACCUCUGGAGGCUUCUGGCUCUGGGACUAACCAGGUUCUGGGUUUACGUGCACAGAGAACUGCUCAAAGGGUUCCGACACGUGUGACUUUCAGAGAUCUGAUCUUCUGCAUGGAACAGGACCGUGCACUUAGACACUCCCUUACACUCUACGAUGCUUUCCUACGGUAGAAGUCCUUCAGUUUAGUUCUAAAAUCGCCGUUUACAUGUCUUAUAUAGAGGACUAAUUAUUACAUCUUACAUUAAGGACCAUAUCAUUUCUGGAUGAAAAUUUUUCUUUCUAUCUAGAUCAUAUUAGUGUUAGUUGUUAAAAUUUCAAACUCUUUAUUUUGAUCUGUGCAAAUAUUGAUUGAAAUAUUUUGGCAUUUGACUCUGCUAUUAUUAAAACACUUCAGCAUUGCACUUAUAUUGUGUCUGUUUUGAGAAUGAUGGCCGGGAUUGGCCUUGUUGGAGGAAA